AUGAUUGAAAAGACUCCCAACUCCCCGUCCUGGUCGUGUGCAGAAAUCCUUUCUCUAUUUCCUUUUCCACGUCUUAUCCUCCCUCCGCUUCGCCAUCAACAAUUCUCUUUUCGCCCGUCAGCGGCGGUUCGCUCGUUACAUCUCCCGAGCUAUCAGCCUGCAUUCUCCUUCUCUUUCUCUCGCCACGCUAAGGAUUUUCUCUCUCCCGCCAUGUCGAAGGAUUUAGCCGGUAUCCGACAAGCGUUGGAACGUGCGCGGAACUGUGAGGAUGGCACCGUGGACCCGCAAACUACCGCCAUUCUCGAAGCCGCCAUCACCGAACUAUGGACGCGCAUUCAAGCCGAUCCGGAUAGUUACGUGCUCAGCUCGGACGAGUUCGCCCUCUUCAAUUACUUUCUCGAGCGCUACCGCGGCUCGACCGUCGCCCAGCGGGCUGUGGCGCGGUUUUGGAACAACUACCAGGGCUCCUCCCCCAAUGCUGGAGCCAAGAAAUAG